CACCCGUGCCAGUCCUCUUCUCCUCGUUCUGGAUCCUCUCAUAGUCGUGCCAGUCUAUCUUCCCCUCAAUAAUAACCUUCGAAAGCGACAUAAGUAGUGUCAUAGGCAUGCUUUGCCAUAGAAAAACAAAACAUCAAUGAACAGUUAAAUACACACCUCGUGUUCGAGAGGAGACUGUAUAGCAUCAGCAGCCAGCUUGCCAUUCUCCCUCAGAAAACGAGCCCUUGCUGCGGGCGAGUCGUGGACGAUGAUCCUGGGCCCUCGGAGGAAGCGAAAGAUGAGCGUCGUGAGGAAGACGGUGAAGGCCGCCAGCACGAGGAACUUAAACCAGCUGAUGAGAUUGCGCUUCAUUGUCUCUGCAUCGCGCGCACGACAUUCAGAAGCUGCCGAAGGUGUUUUUCUCACUUCACCGACGCCUGUUAUUAGGUAGGUAUAACCUUGUCCGCAGCCGCCGCGGCGCGAGUAUAGUGUGUGUGUAGUACUAGUAAUUGCAGUGUACAAUGUGUGGAUAUCUGUGUAUAGCCAACGAAUGGAUGCGGGUAUAUAAGUGGAAUAAGUAUAUAGAAAGAGAAGAGAAAAACAGGUGAUCCCGCACCGGUAGCGUAGCAGAUAGUAUAUAUUAAAUUAAGGCAUCUGACGUGGCACCGGCUGAUCGAAAGCUGCGAGCGAUAUCACGACUCUGAAAUAACGGAGCAGAGGGAGUUGGAAAUGCGAUAUUGAUAAGCGUAGAUUGAGCUGGUUAUUGUUUGGGAAACGAAUGCAUUUCGCGUGUUUACCUAUUAGGGUACGAAUGUAUUGAUUCGUGGGAGAUACUGCAGAGGCGGUAUUGUAUAUAAGAUCGAAAGCUUUUUAGCUAUUGAAUUUAUUUGGCGCGCAAAGCUAUUGCAAGCUUGCAGAUUUAAAUUAUAAAAUUAUAAGAAAAUACAUGUUUUGAAAUCAACGGAUUUAUUGAUUAGAUAGGCUGAUUCAUUGUUUUCGCUUAAUGUUACUGAAAUUUAUAAAGAUAUAAGUUAAAAGUAGAACACACUAUACUUGUCGCGAUAAAGAAACAUAAUACUGAUGAAGAUCAAUGCUACACACCUAUACGGAUAUCUAUAUAAUAAUAAAGAUUCAAGAAUGAAACUGUGGAAUCAUUUUUAUACUAUUUAAUUAUUUUAGCAAUAUUUUAGCAAAGGAUCUCGUAAUGUAAUUUCUACAUGCAUACAAGAUAUAAAUCCGAUUGAUUUUCAGAAAAAAAAAAAAAAUAGCCACGCAGUAUAUGCGCGUUUAUACAGUAUAUACAAGUGCCGGCGAAAGUUGUCGCGCGUCUUGUAUACUUCAUGAUCAAGAACAUUAAAAAUGAUCCUAUAUAUGUCAUGACAAUUUCAGUUAUAUAAAUUAUAGGUGCGUAUUCCAUAAAAGUGCUCCUAAAAACUCGUCAACCCCAAGAUGCGUACAAGUAUCGCGUAUAUCGCGUUCAGGUCGUUACAGCUGUCGUGUAUUGUUUACGCUUUGCUUUUGUCUAUAACGUAACCGCUGAUGAGUUUGGAUCACAACUAUUUCAAAAAUCCAACAAGAAAAUGCUGGCUGAAGCAGGUGAAGUGAUUAUUGCGGAAGAAAAAAUUUGCACGUGUAUUGUCUGCCUGCAAAAUAAGAUUCCUGCUGGCCAAAUAUUAACAGAUAAUGCAGAGCGAAAAUGGAAACUAGGAAAUUUUUUAAGCAGGGGUGGUUUUGGAAGUGUUUAUCUGGUUUCGAGAGAUGUCCUUGGCGCAGAGGAGAAGUACGUUGUCAAACUCGCAGCAUAUAAAGAUAGUACUCUUUACAGGGAGAUCGACUUCUACAGAUCCGCUGCACGAUUCAAAAUGAUAGCUGAUUAUUGCAAGGAAAACAAACUGAAUGACCUGGGUAUACCUUGCUACGUAGGAUCUGGGAUCCACGUGUAUCGGGACCAUUUCUAUCGAUUUUUAAUAUUGCCGAGAUACGAUACGGACAUAUUCGGUUUGCAUCAGAUACUAUCAAUGGAUUUCGUCAAUAGUUUAGUCGUACAAAUGUUGUACGCGCUGGAAUAUAUUCACGCCAAGGGAUUCUCGCACAACGACGUAAAGGCUAAAAACAUUGUCUUAAGAAGUCAGAAGCACCGAGAACUUGGAAAAAAUCAAGCGAUGAUAAUCGACUUCGGCCUGGUGUCUAAAUUUCGAACGAGUCAAGGAUUACACAAACCCUAUUUAAGCGACAGAAAAAGGGCACAUCGCGGAACAUUACUUUUUACUUCCUGUGAUUCUCAUCAAGGCGCAUACUCGAGACGUGGAGAUUUGGAAUCCUUGGGUUACAAUUUGAUCACAUGGCUUGGUGGACAAUUACCGUGGUCUAGUCUAAUUCAACAGCCGUUUCUUAAUUUCAUGCACCUUGCCAUCAAAAAGGAACAAUACUUGAAAAAUCUUGACUUAUUCUUUCGGGAAUGUUUUCAGGAUAAAGAGCCACCUAAAAACUUAACAACAUUCAUGGAAUACUGCAUUAAUCUUCGUUUCAACUCGAAACCGGAUUACACGUACUUGCGAAGUCUUUUUCGAAAAGACACGAAUUUAGAGCAUAUAUUUGGGUGUGGUCGACUGUCGCAUGCCAAUGUAAAUUACGUAUCGAUUGAGACCAACACGAAGUCGUACAACUUGAGGAAAAGGAGAGGAAAAGAGAACAAAGAAGAAACAAAGAAAGAAAACAACGACGAUUUUGAUUGGCAAAGCGUAAUUGCUAGUCACCCUGAGAAGUUAGCGAAAAUUCGUACUCGUCCAGCUUUAUCGCCAGUAGCUGCAGCCCACUUACCGUCAACGCCGACAAUUAAACAGAUUCGAGCUUGAACAAAUUUUUAAAGCUCUUAAAUAAUAAAACAACUUAAUUUUAAUGCGAAGCGAGUGGUUCUUGCUUCUAAAAGUAGCAUAGGAUCGUGAUAUUUUAUAUAAUCAGAACAUGUGCUUACUGCGUAAGAAUACGUGCUUUAUGUCUAUAGAUGAACUAAAAGUUUUAUUUUUUAUUGGAUAUGUUGUACCGUGUAACGGAGUUAAAAAGUUUAUUUUUAAGUAAUCUGAAUUGAGUGGUCUGCAAAUGUAAUGUCUAAAUCAAUGUAAAAUAUUUAUAUAGAAAGAAAUAUCGAAUUCUCAAAGAAAAUAUAAUAAAUGCAUAAUUAAAUGCAAAA